UAUCGGAGUGUUUUGCGGCUUUCGAAACAUUGCACUGCAAACGAAUAUUUAUCCAGCAACUGGUCAUACAUUUCCUUGUUGCGCAUCAAUGCGGUUGUAUAAACUUAUUACACGACAAGGUAGAUAUUAACAAGUAUACAACAUUAUCGGCAUUAUGGUUGUUUGGAACAUAAUAGUUUUAUUGCUGAUACCGUUGUGUAUGAUUGCGUCGUGUGAUCCAACAUUUCAAAAGCCCUUGGAUCCUUUCACGUUACUCAGAUACGACAAACGGGCAGCCGAGGACCAACCACCGAGCAAUGACAAGAACAACGUAUCAGUUGAAUUCGACGAGUAUCCGGUAGUUGUACCAAAAAGGACAGCACUGUUACUAGACAGAUUAAUGGUGGCAUUACAAAAAGCUGUAGAUGGAAACAAUUCUGGAAAUAUGAAAGGAUACUAUCCAGAAAGAUUAAUUCCAAUUAGCGGAGCGUCUAGACCAAAUCCUGGAAUGGAACUGCAGAGACGAAAUCAACAAAAAGGACGACUGUACUGGAGGUGUUAUUUCAACGCCGUGUCCUGUUUCAAAUAGAACCAAUCAAAUCUGUAUACUAUAUUUUUUUGCAUAAACAAUGUCAGUUGAGAAUAUUAUACCACCCUCAUCUUUAUACGCUUGUUUUUUUCAUAAAUUACACGAAUACAACGAUUAUUUAAUCAA